GCCCUACCUUACACAUCCAACAAUGCGCUCACUUGAUAACUACCACACACUCUAUAUAAUAUUACUCUCAACAAACUGAAAAUCUUAGUGUGAAAAAAAUGGCGGAGAAGGUGAUUCUGCUUGAUUUGUUCGCUAGCAUGUUCGGAAUGAGGGCUCGGGUGGCGCUAGCUGCAAAAGGCGUGGAAUAUGAAUACAGAGAGGAGGACUUGCGCAACAAAUCGCAGCUUCUUCUCGAAUCCAACCCCAUCCAUAAGAAAAUCCCCGUUUUGAUUCAUAACGGCAAACCCGUUUGUGAAUCGCUCAUCAUUGUUGAGUACAUCGACGAGGUCUGGAACCACAAAUCCCCUCUCUUGCCUUCCGAUCCUUACCAGAGAGCUCAAGCUAGGUUUUUGGCCGAUUACAUCGAUAAAAAGCUGUAUGAUGUUGGAAGGAAGAUGUGGACUAAGAAUGGGGAAGAGUUAGAAGCGGCGAAGAAGGAAUUCGCAGAGAUUCUGAAGCAGUUGGAAUCGGAGCUGGGAGACAAGGCCUUCUUCGGUGGCGAGAGGUUUGGGUUUUUGGACGUGGCGUUGGUCACGUAUUCGACGUGGUUCCACACCUACGAAAAGUGCGGUGGUUUCAGCAUUGGAGAGGACUGCCCCAAGCUCAUUGAGUGGGUGAGGAGGUGUUUGGAUAUAGACUUUGUGUCGGAAUCCUUGACCGAUUCGGCCAAGGUUUACGAUUUUGCUUUAAUGCUAAGAAAGGUUUUCGGCAUCCACACCUCCUAAUUUUAGUGCUAUCUGUAUUUGUGUUUUCGAAUAAAACCAACGCUCUUUGUAUCGGUAGUUGAGACAUUUAAAGUUGAUUAUAUUUAUGUCAUCACAAUAGCUAAGUGAGUAAUUGAAAUUUGGAUUUCGAGAUUUUUAUUUU